AUGUGUGACAUCAAGUCCAAGCAGCAGGUGCAGAUCUUGGAGGGCCAUCUGAAGGUCUCCUUAGAGAUCCACGAAACAGUGGUUCCCAAACCUGUCUACAUCUUGGAAUCACCUGGAGACCUUCAGAAGCCGCUGAUCCCCAUAUUCCAAUCAGAGAUUAUGCUCUAUUGCUCUGGUGCAUGCCUGGAUCUCUCCAUUAAAAUAUACGGUUCUGAGAUUAAAGACAUAGAUAAUGCCCCAAGAACUGAAGCAACCAAAAAUACCGCAAAAACGUACAAAGUGUCAACCAUGAGACGAAUGUUCGAUUUGGCAAAGCAUCGAACCAAAAGAUCAGCAUUUUUCCCAACUGGGGUUAAAGUCUGUCCACAGGAAUCCAUGGAACAGAUUUUAGCCAGUCUUCAAGCAUAUUAUAGAUUGAGAGUCUGCCAGGAGGUAGUGUGGGAAGCCUACCGGAUCUUUCUGGAUCGCCUCCCAGAGCCAGGGGAAUACCAGGACUGGGUCAGCACCUGCCAGCAGGAGACCUUCUGCCUCUUCGACAUCGGGAAAAAUUUCAGCAACUCCCAGGAGCACCUGGAUCUUCUUCAGCAGAGAAUGAAACAGAGAAACUUCCUUGAGAGAAAAGAUGAAGUAGUCACAAAGGAGACCUUAGGAGAGCUCGGUCAAACCCCUGUGUCUUCAACAGACGUUGCCAGUGUCUCACCCGGGCCCUUGCCCCUCCCUACCGAUGACACGCUGCUCAACGAAAUCCUCAACUACACCCUCCCAGACACCAAAGUGCCUACGAGAGAAAGAAAAAUAGAAUUCACUGAUGCUGCUGAGGAUGCACUGGAGCAGAAGGUGGAGCUAAGCAUCUCUCUGGCAAACCAGAAGUUCAAGUCAGAGCUCGAUAACUCCCAGUCUCCGUAUUACCAGGAGGUCGCAGCCAAGUCUCAGCUUCAGAUGCAAAAGAUAUUUAAGAAACUUCCAGGAUUCAAAGAGAUCCACAUAUCAGGAUUUAGACCAAAGAAAGAAAGAGAUGGGACAAGCUCCACAGAGAUGCAACUUACAGCCAUCUUCAAGAAAGGCAAGGCAGAAGCAAAAAGCCCUGCCAGUGACCCUCUGUCAUUUGAUUCCAACAAAAUUGAAAGUGACGGAGACCCUCAUGGAACGAUGGAGGAAGAGAAGCAAAGAGAACUCUAUCCCACAGCUUCAGAGCUCAGGAAGUUGAUCAGCAGAGCCCUGGAGGAAGACCAGUCCUUGGAUGUGGGGACAAUUCAGUUCACUGAUGAAAUUGUUGAGUCAUUGCCAAGCCUGGAUCCUGACACCCAGUUGGUGCUGCCCACUCUCCCCACUGGUAUCACAAAGGAUGCUACCCUGAGUCCAGAACUUCCUCUUGGUCAACCCAGGCUGGAGACAGUGGACAGAGCAGGACACAGUCUACCUGCUUCACCCACGGAUGGUUCUUGGUCUCCACCUGCUGUGACCUCUACCUCCCUGUCAGAAACUCUACCUUUUUUUACUGCAUCAAGCAUCUUUUCUCAGACUGAUCAAAGUGCCACAGACAUAAUGUCCAUUGACCAGACAGUACUAAUCCCACGGCUUACUGUCCCCCCUGAUGAUUAUUCUGCCAUCAGCCCAUUGGUUCCGGAAAUUUCACACUUGCCUACAUCUUCAGAAGACCGGUUGAGUACCAGCAGCCAAGAUACAAUGGACGACUUAUAUGGAAUGGAUCUCACUAACACUCCUGCCUCCUCUGAGGUCCCAGGAUUCAGUGGGUAUGCUUCCAGCCCGGAUUACUUCCUGGAGAACAUCACUCCCGACCCAGGUUUGCACUACAUCACCACCAGUGCCAUGACUGUCGCCGCCAGGGGCCGAGAGUUGGUGGUGUUCUUCAGUUUGCGUGUGGCCAACAUGCCCUUCUCCAGCGACCUGUUUAAUAAGAGCUCGCUCGAAUAUCAAGCUCUGGAGCAGCGAUUCACACAGCUGCUGGUUCCAUAUCUGCGAUCCAAUCUUACGGGUUUUAAGCAACUUGAGAUACUUAACUUCAGAAAUGGGAGCGUGAUUGUGAAUAGCAAAGUGAGAUUUGCUAAGUCAGUGCCGUAUAACCUCACCAACGCAGUGCGAGGUGUUCUGGAGGAUUUUCGUUCCACAGCAGCCCAACAACUUGAUCUGGAAAUAGAUAGCUACUCUCUCGACGUUGAACCAGCGGAUCAAGCAGAUCCCUGCAAAUUCCUGGCCUGCGGCGAAUUCGCCCGGUGUGUGCGGAAUGAGUGGACCGAGGAAGCUGAGUGUCGCUGUCAGUCGGGGGACCCAGGCCCCUGUGCUCCCAUAGACUGUGAAGAUAUCCCGGGGAAGGGAUCACCGUGCAGAUCACUAGACCAAUCUAAAAAUCAAGUGUAUGAACCUGGUGUUAAAAAGUUCCAACAUCAGCAAGAUAACAAGGUAACCAUGAAAAGAAUUGAAUUACUGACUAUAGGAUAUGAAGAAUUUAACUAUCAAGAUUGGGAAGGAAAUUAA